AUCGGCUUUCUAACAGUGAUCAGUGAUCAUAUUAAGAUUGAACCGACCGGCUUUAGUUUAAUAAAAAAAUUUAGACCAAAUUUAAAAUCACUGGUGUUUUUGAAUUUAUAUUUCAAUUUUAAAUAUACACUAUUUAUACACAAAAAAAUGGGUCGGCGAAAAAGUAAAAGGAAGCCGCCGGCAAAAAGGAAAGCGAUCGAACCUUUGGACACACAAUUUAAUUGUCCUUUUUGUAAUCAUGAAAAAUCUUGCGAAGUUAAAAUGGAUAAAAGUAGAAAUGUAGGAAAAGUAUAUUGCCGUGUUUGCCUAGAGUCAUACCAAACAACUACAAGUUUUUUGUCUGAACCAGUAGAUGUUUACAACGAUUGGGUAGAUGCUUGUGAAGCAGCUAAUUAAUAAAGGGUGGCUACAAAAAACAUCUUAA